CCCGUGUCACUGGCAGCAGCAGAGGGAGGGUCAACAUGGCGUCUGAGCAGGAGAGUUCCAACGGGCCGGUGAAGAAGUCCAUGCGAGAGAAGGCCAUAGAGAGACGUGGCAUCAACAAGGAACACAACAGUAACUUCAAAGCUGGAUAUGUUCCCAUAGAAGAAGAACGUCUCCAUAAGACGGGGCUGAGAGGACGCAAGGGGAACAUGGCUGUUUGCAUCGUCGUCCUCCUCUUCAUCCUCGCCUUAAUCAACCUCAUCAUCACUCUGGUCAUAUGGACGGUGAUCCGCAUCGGUCCGAAUGGCUGUGACAGUAUGGAGUUCCAUGAGUCCGGCCUGCUGCGCUUCAAACAGAAGGCGGACAUGGGCAUCGUUCACCCACUGCACAAGAGCACCAUAGGGGGCCGCAAGGACCAGGACCUGGUGCUGGUCGGCAACAAUAAUCCGGUUGUGUUCCAGCAAGGCACCACUAAGCUGAGCGUGGAGAAGGACAAGACCUCGGUGGUCAGUGAUGUUGGCAUUACCUUCACGGACCCCCGAACACAGACCACGUUCUUCAGCACAGACUUUGAGAACCACGAGUUCCAUUUGCCAAAAGGAGUCAAAGUUCUCAGUGUUAAGAAGGCUUCCACAGAACGGAUCACCAGCAGUGCAUCAUCUGACCUGAACAUUAAAGGGGACAGCAAGGCCAUCAUCCGUGGAAACGAGGGCGUCAACAUCAUGGGCCGAACCGUGGAGUUCAAGAUGGGUGGAGGCAUCGAGCUCCGGGCCGAGAACAGCAUCGUUCUCAACGGCUCGGUCAUGUUCAACGCUUCACGCAUCCCAAACUCUGCAGGUGACGUGUACUUCGACGAGGGCAUGGAGAGGUACAAGCUCUGCAUGUGUGCAGACGGGACUCUGUUCCGCGUUCAGGUCAAAUAUCCCAACAUGGGCUGCCAGACCUCAGAUAACCCGUGUGGAAAAGCUCACUAGAGGCGCUGCUUUUUUUACAUCACAAAUUUGCGUGUAUUAAAAAAAGAUUCUGUAGGACAUCAAUGAACGAUACCUCUGCAGUAAAACCCUCAUAUUCUGUAUUCCUCAUUUUGUUUUUGCCACAAACAGGAAUUGUGUUACAGAUUGCCACUUGGCCAAAGAUGUGAGCAAACAAGUGCAAUAUUUUUAUUAUUGCAGGUGUGCCAAACGUUAUCUAAAAAAUGCAUAAUGCCAUGACACUCCUAGAUUCCUCAUCAAACUGUGGUUUACUGCCUAUUGAUAUCAAUUAGAAGCUGCAGUAUUUACUUUUUGCCUUACCGUCCAGUAUUACUAAUAUACAAACCUUGAAAAGGAGAUUUUAUUUGCUCAUUUUUUUAUUGUUGCUGGCAGCUUUGUUAGAUUUUUCUGUUUAUUAUAAACACUACAUGGUUAUAAAGUUUAUUUUUAAUUACAUUUAAGGAUAAACUGUAAAACAAAAAAGAUAUUUUAAGAUUCUUAGACCGUUUAUCAUGCACGUGCCAAUGGAUUUACAAGGGAUGAAGAAUAUAAUAUAUAUGUAAUAUUCAAAUUUUUACAGCUAAAUAAUACAGUAUUGAAUAACAGGAGGAGAGUUUGUGCACUAAGUUACACUACGGAUUAAUUCUCUUUAAAUGUUGAUGAACGUCAGGAAAGUUUGAAUCAGUAGUUUGGUUUGAAGCUUUUAAUGAGUGGUUUGAAUUUUGUGCAAUAUAGUAAAAAGAAUAUUUGAAUUUAAUUUUGCUUUGGAUCGUUUUGUCUGUUUUUAUAAAUGUGCUGAUGUUGAGAAAGAAGUUGUUCUCCGAGCGUAACAGACCUGAUGACCCGACUCCUACAAAAUAAAGUUCACAUACAACUAAACUAGACGGGUUUUGUGAAUGAGAUCAACUCAAUGAAAAUAACAGGAUUGUUCAACAUGUCAUUGCUCUGUUUGUUUCAAUAAAUAAACGUGUUGCUACG